AUGUCAAAUAAUGACAAUGAACGUCCUGGUGGUAGUAGAAACAACAAUGUCAAUUUUAAUUUUGGACCAUAUCAACGAUCCUUUGUCAUUGACCAACCACCUCGAGCAACUACACCUCCACAACCACCACCACAACCACCUCCACAACCAGCAGCAGCAGCAGCAGCAACAACUCAAUUGAAUUUUUCAAUUGACAAUAGUAAUCAAUCAGCAACAACAUCAGCAAGUAACAUGACAACAUCUAGUUAUGGAUUUGGGAAUGAGACUGUUGGAAGUGUAAUUAAUAUUGAUAUUAAUCAACCAACAGAAAUGACACGUCAACAGAGUCUACAACGAGUUAAAGAAUGGGAAAUUUUCGACGAAAAUGCAAAUUUUCCAACAGAAAAUACUAAUCAAAUGGAAACUGAUGCUGAGCUUGCUGAAAAUGUUCAGUUGACUGAUUAUUCAGAGUAUUUUAAAAUGGACUUUGAUGAUAUUGAACCAUUAACAACAUCAUCAUCAUCAUGUAAACCAUUGAGUCAGUCAACUCCACAAAAAAGAACAAACGUCUUGCCAAUUAAUACUGCUGCUGUUGGAUCUGGUGGUAAACGUCAACGUACUGGUAACAACACCAACACAACCUCAACAACAUCAACAACAACAACAACAACAACUGCUAGAAGAUCAUUAUUUAAAGUACCUGAACGACCAUCAUUAAAUGAUUCAUCAUCAAAUAUGAGUUUGAAUAAUUCAACAGCAUCAAAUUCAAGUCGUUCUAGAUCACAAUCACCAUCAUUAUCAACUGUAUCAGCAUCAUCAAGAACAUCAUCACAAGCAUCAAUUUGUUGUAAUAAUUAUGGAACUGAUCAUACCAAUCGAUCAAGUAAGCGUUGUUUAAAUCAUAGAUUACCAAUUAAAGAAAGAGCAAUGAAAAAAUUAAAUCAAAAUAAAGAAAAACCAACAAACUAUGAAACACAUACUAUUAAAAUGGGUUUUAAAUCAAUAUGUCCAGAUGAAAAUAUUAGACAAGAAAUUUAUAAUGAUGUUGAAUUGAUGUCAGAAUGUAUCAUAGAUUUUUCUAUUUUUUUUGAAUUUACCAUCAGACAUGACAAACAAUGGAUGGUACAAUAUUUAGAAAAUCAUGAUAAAGAACCAAAUUUGUGUCUAAUUGCUAUGCAUUUAAAAAAUAAUUAUAGUAAAAAAAAUAAAGGCAUAGUUGAAUUACUUGAUGAAUAUAAUACAUUAUAUCCAUGUAGUAACAAACAUCAAUAUCAAUUCGAACAUCAUUCAGCAUUAAUUAAAAAUCAAGUUAAUUUAUUUCAAGUAAAUUUCAAAACUAAUAUCGUUGAACAUAUUCGUAGAUUACAUUCAAUAUCAUUUACAACUGAAGCUGUCCAUCAAUUGUUUCGAAGAAAAAAAUUUAUAAACAAUGAAAAAACUCUUGUUAAUGCUUCAUAUUCAAUUGCAACAAAUGGUCCUGAUGAUAAUUAUAAUGAAUGGUAUCAGUGCUUCAAUUCAAUGUUUUAA